AAAAAAAACCUUUUGAACCGGAUCUUUUGGUCGAGUUCGAUUUAAUUUUUUCUAAUCAAAUGUUCAAGUCUGGUUCAACCCGGGUCUAUGUUUGGGAUGACCAUUUUAACAAAUUGAUGAUUUGGGCCUUUAAUUCCAUUCCCUCACAAGAAAGAAGAAUACACUCCAUUAAAUAUCCCUAAACAAACACAAGCUUCAUACCCAAAACCGAUUACAAUAAACCCGAAAACCCGAUAACAAUACAAGACGCCCCACCCGAUAUUUGCAGUGGGUAUUUGAAUUUUGAAGCAGAAGUUGCAGAACAACAGCAAGAAGGAAUGGGGAACAACAGAGAUGAUGAUAUUCAUACUGCUGCAAAGAAUGGAGAUGUCACUGCUGUUGAGUUGAUUAUCAGUUCUAACCCUUUAGCUAUCAAUUCCAGAGAUAAGCAUUCCAGAACUCCACUACACUUGGCAGCUUGGGCUGGCCAUGCAAACAUUGUUAGCUCUCUCUGCAAGCACAAGGCAGAUGUUGGCGCUGCAGCUGUGGAUGAUAUGGCUGCAAUCCAUUUUGCUGCCCAGAAGGGACAUUUAGAGGUUGUCAAAGCCCUUGUCUCUGCAGGGGUUUCAGUUAAGGCUAUCAAUCGCAAGGGCAUGACUGCUCUGCACUAUGCUGUUCAAGGUUCUCAUGUAGAACUAACCAAGUACUUGCUAAAGAAAGGCUUCAAUCUCAACGCUAAGACAAAAGCAGGGAAAAGUGUCCUAGACCUUGCAAGCAAUGAGGAAAUUCGUACGUUACUGUCAGAGCUUGAGAAGGCAAAACAAACAGAGGUUCAGGCUGGUGAAGAGGCAUCUGCAGCUGAAGUUAAAGAUGGGGAUUCGGGCGCACCAUUGGAAGAAAUGGGUGAAGAGGGUGAAUUGAAGGAGACUACUGAAGAAAAUCUGAAAAGAAAGGGUGAAGCUGAUGAUGUUCGAGAGAGCUUGCCAAAAUCAAAGAAAACCAAGGUGGCACUUAACCAUCUACUUGCAUCUGAUGAUACACAAGAAGAUGAAGAACAAUGAGUUGUCAGAAGAGUAGGAUGACAAUAUAGUUGAUUUAUAUGCUGUUCAUAUGGCAGUUGGGAGAUAGUGUGAUUUGAUUUAAAAAAUGUUAGCCGGUGUCAUGUAGCUUAGUUUUGAUGUCAUGUAUAAGUCUCAAGUAGCUCUCACUCGGUUUUUAAGGAUAAGUGCAAUAUGCUUCCAAGCCUAUGGGCUGAGAUAUACUGUGAAGAAUUCCUCCUCAAGGAUUGUGAUUUGGUUGGACUA